AAAAAGUAUCCAAGUCAGUCACCCCUUCAUAAAUCUGUUCCUUAUUUGUUCAUGUGUUGUGCUUAUUCUCGCACCCCGGACUCAUAUGAGACCAACCUUGCAAAAUUGAAGGAGGAACGGGGUUCUAUUGUUGAAGAUUUUCUAAAGGACCUUCCCAAGGAGAGCUGGUGUUCGGCUUUUUUUUAUGGGGAGAGGUUUGGUGAAAUGACCAACAAUUUGGCCGAGACUUUUAACAAUUGGGUGGGGGAUUUGAAGAGUCUUCCUAUUUAUGAUCUGAAUGAAGGUAUUAGAACCAAGUCUAUGGAGAGAAUUGCUGAGCGGAAAGAAGGGUCAAAGGAAUGGGUCACUGUUUUGUGUCCAAACAUGGAAAAGAAAUUGAUUAAUAACUUGGCGGUUGGGCGACAUUGGCGAGUUAUGAGAUCUGAUACAUCUGUUUAUGAAGUUCAAUGUCAAAAGUACAGGGUAAUGGUGAACUUGGGAGAGGAUUUCGUUUGUUCGUGUGGGGAAUGGAAAUGUCAUGGUUUUCCUUGUUCACAUGCCCUUGUUGCAAUUCAGCAACAUGGUGCCUCUCCUUACUUAUAUGUCAGCCCUUACUAUAAGGUGGAUAAAUUCUGAGAAACCUACUCUCACACCAUUAACCCAAUCCCUUCCAUUUCAAUGCCUGUUGAUCUUGCUCGAUCGUCAUUUCCAUUGCAGCCUCCUUUGACUAAAAGACCUGCUGGAAGGCCAAA